AUGACUGGCAAUCUCGCGACCCCGGGUGGCAUCUCGGAUCCCGCCCUCAUCCAACUCGUCAAUAAACUUCAAGAUGUCUUCGCCACUGUCGGCGUCAACAAUCCCAUUGACUUGCCCCAGAUUGUCGUAGUGGGCAGUCAGUCUAGCGGCAAGAGCUCCGUCUUGGAGAAUAUCGUGGGCAGAGACUUCUUGCCCCGAGGCUCUGGCAUCGUCACACGGCGUCCAUUAGUCUUGCAGCUUAUCAACCGACCCGCCCAAACGAACGGUGUCAAGCGAGACGAAGUGUCCACGGCCAACGACAAGGCCGCCAAUGCCGACGAGUGGGGAGAGUUUCUGCACAUUCCUGGCCAAAAGUAUCACGAUUUCGGAAAGAUCAGAGAGGAGAUCGCUCGUGAGACGGAGGCCAAGGUUGGGAAGAACUCUGGCAUCUCGCCCGCCCCCAUCAACCUCCGAAUCUACUCUCCCAACGUUCUCACCCUGACGCUGGUCGACUUGCCGGGUCUGACCAAGGUGCCCGUGGGAGACCAACCCCGCGAUAUCGAGCGACAGAUCCGAGAGAUGGUUUUGAAAUAUAUCGGCAAGUCGAAUGCUAUUAUUUUGGCCGUCACCGCGGCCAACAUUGAUCUGGCCAACUCGGACGGUCUCAAGCUUGGCCGCGAAGUUGACCCCGAGGGUCAGCGUACCAUUGGUGUCUUGACCAAGGUCGAUUUGAUGGACGACGGAACCGACGUCAUCGAUAUUCUCUCGAAUCGUGUCAUCCCAUUGCGUCUGGGUUACGUCCCCGUGGUUAACCGAGGCCAACGAGACAUCGACAAUAAGAAGGCCAUCAACGUUGCUCUUGACGCCGAAAAAGCAUUCUUCGAAAACCACAAGGCUUACCGCAACAAAAGCUCCUACUGCGGAACUCCCUACCUGGCACGCAAACUCAACAUGAUUCUCAUGAUGCACAUCAAACAAACUUUGCCCGAUAUCAAAGCACGGAUUUCGAGCUCACUACAAAAGUACAGCAACGAGCUCGAGAGCCUGGGGCCUUCUAUGCUUGGAAACAGUGCCAACGUCGUCCUCAACAUCAUUACCGAAUUCACAAACGAGUGGCGGACAGUUUUGGACGGCAACAACACUGAGCUUUCCAGCACAGAGCUUUCGGGCGGUGCUCGUAUCAGCUUCGUUUUCCACGAGCUGUACGCGAACGGUGUCAAGGCUGUGGAUCCGUUCGACGUCGUCAAAGAUGUCGAUAUCCGGACUAUUCUGUACAACUCUUCUGGCUCAUCACCGGCGCUCUUCGUCGGGACAACUGCCUUUGAGCUCAUUGUCAAGCAGCAGAUCAAGCGCCUCGAAGAUCCCAGCUUAAAGUGUGUCUCGCUCGCCUAUGACGAACUGGUUCGAAUCUUGUCCCAGCUCCUGGGCAAGCAGUUGUACCGCCGAUAUCCUCAGCUCAAGGAGAAGAUGCAUGGUGUUGUCAUUGCCUUCUUCAAGAAGGCCAUGGAGCCCACCAACAAGCUGGUGCGCGACCUUGUUGCCAUGGAAUCGUGCUACAUCAACACUGGUCACCCCGAUUUCCUGAACGGCCACCGUGCCAUGGCGAUUGUCAACGAACGAUACAACCCCGCCAAACCCGUCCAAGUUGACCCCAAGACAGGCAAGCCUCUGCUACAGUCUGGCACACCUGCCCGGGCUGCCAGUCCCACAAUCCCCGAAAUAGACGGUCCCGGCAAUGCCGGCUUCUUUGGAAGCUUCUUUGCUGCCAAGAACAAGAAGAAGGCUGCGGCCAUGGAAGCGCCUCCGCCGACAUUGAAGGCUUCUGGCAAUCUUUCCGAGCGAGAGAACAUCGAAGUAGAAGUCAUCAAGCUGCUCAUUUCCUCGUAUUACAACAUUGUCAAGCGCACCAUGAUCGACAUGGUCCCGAAGGCCAUUAUGCUCAACCUAGUGCAGUUUACCAAGGAUGAAAUGCAACGUGAACUUCUCGAGAACAUGUACCGAACCGAUACGCUCGAUGAUUUGCUGAAAGAAAGCGACUUUACUAUCCGCCGACGGAAAGAAUGCCAGCAGAUGGUUGAAUCUCUAGGCAAGGCCAGUGAAAUCGUCAGCCAGGUCCAGUAA